AUGCCUUAUAUUAUGGUUAUGGGUAGCCUUAGUGCACAUCAUCUUUCUAAAGAUGAAGGGGCUACAGUGUAUGGACUCAAAAGCGAAGAAAGGGCAACUUUAGUUCGGGAGUUAAACUCAUCGUUGAGCGUGGCCAUCGCCUUCUUAUCAGAUGUGGACCGAACCGUUCGAGUCACACAGAAAGGCAUAACCCUAGUUGUGGUAAACCGCCUUCAUGCAUUGUUUGGCUACGACGUUGUGUCCCACGCUAUGGCAAUGACGAACGCGAACCGUGAGCUGAUCUCCUUCACUUUGUAUAAGAAGUCCAGUUCUAACACGCCAGGCCACGGUCACAGCCAUGGACACACGCACAGCGGCUCCAGCAAGAGCCACCCACACAGCAGUAGCGUAGUUACGCUUUAA